AUGUUUUCUAAAAACAUUGAGGAAUCAACAGAUAAAGAAGAAAUUGGUGUGUUUGAAUUUAAUCAUAGUCAUCAAGAAGAAAUUGACGUGUUUCCUGAGCAUGAUCAACUCAAGUUUGUUCCUUCAUCUUCCACAAUGCUUGAAGGGACUUCUAAGUCUACUUUAAAUAUGAAUGCGAUAAAGACUUACAUUAACACAAAUGUUGAUAAACAGAUUGCUGAUCUAAAAACACUAAUAUCCAAUAUACCUGUUGAGGUCGUUAAAGCUUUGAAGAAAGAAGAAAAUAAAGAAUCACCGCAUGAAGAUGAGGACAAGGGACCAGUAAUUGAAAUCAGAAUUAAUGAACCAUCUGAUGAGAAUAUGAUCGAUAAAGAGGAAAAUUGUGAAGAAGAAUCGAAAAACACGCACUGUACUGAUAUAGAAGAUUUGUUGGAUGAGCGUAUGGAUGAUAAAGAAGAAUGUCGUGAUGAAGAAUUAAAAAAGCAGUACAGUCCUGUGAUGGAUAAUUUGCCAGACGAGCAUAUGGACGAUAAAGAACAAUAUCGCGAUGAAGAACUGAAAAUACAACACAGUCCUGAUAUGAAAGAUUUGUCGGAUGAUGUUGGUGGCACAAUAACGAAUUCUGUUCAAGACGUUGUAGAUGCACUAUUAUUUGGUUUAUCAACUCCUACAACAACAAAGUCAUUGGAUAUUAGUACACCAAAUAUAGUAACCGAAAGUCAGUGGACGAUUUUCGACAGUCAGUUUUCGCCUGAUUUUCCGGAUGCUCAAGUUAGGGAGCGUGAAGCCACAAAAGCACCUGAUGAAGGCAAUUCCGAUGAUGAAGAGAAGCAGAUGUAUGCUUUUGAUGGUUGUACUAUUUACCAAGAAUUGCCUAACCAAUUGAUCCUCGAUUACUCUCAGUGGCUUGAAGAAGGGUUACUCAAAUAUCAUGCUGGCAAGAAACAAACGGACAAUCACUAUCUUAAAUAUGCUCUAAAUUUAGGUUAUUCUCAGUUGGACUUUAUACACUUAGGUGUGAUAUUCUAUCACUUGAGAAAGAAAUCGAAGCUGCAGCAGUGUGAUAAUUAUAAAUAUACAACAACCAGCUACUUCGUUAAAACAUAUAUCGAGAAGACAUAUAAUCGAUAUUAUCCAGUGGUUCAAACAGAUCAGAUAUCCACGCAAGAAGACUAUGCAGAAUCUUAUAAUGUGGCUAAGAAUGAAGACGCUAUUACAAAUACAAUUAAUGGAUUUUGUAUUCCUGCUGGAUUACCAUGGCAUAUGGUUGAUGAGGUAUAUGUUUUUGUUAACUGUGACAAAGAAUUUCACUGGAUAUUGGAUGUAAUUGUGUUGAAGGAGAGAGUUAUACGUGUGUAUGACUCAUUGUCAAGUAAAAAAAAAAAGUGA